ACACAAAACCAACCAAAUCAUCUCACACACACGCACACCUCUCAAAUCCUCUCUCCUUUCUUUUUUUUUUUUUUCCUCCUCUUUUAAGAGAGAAAUGCCCGCUUUGUCUCCCCCGCCGGAUAUCUGACUCCGACCGCUACAUCUCUCCUUUCGUCGCCUGCCGCCGCAGCUGCCAUGGGCCCAGGCCACCAGUACCACGCUCGUCGUGACUCCCUAUGCAGCUCCUUCCUCGCCCCCCGCCCCGACUACCACGACUCCGACCCCGACCUCAUCUGGCCAUUUGGCAAGCUCGACGGCAUAGACCGCGAUGACGUACGCGAGACCGCGUACGAGAUCUUUUUCACCGCGUGUCGUUCGGCCCCAGGCUUCGGGGGACGAAACGCCCUCGUCUUCUACUCUAACCACGAGAACAAUAAUAGCAAUAGCAACAACAAUGGUGGUGGGGAUGGGAGUGGGUCCGGAUCGGGGUCGAAGCCCAAUGGGGUGGUGACGACCCCGACAAGCCGUGUAAAGCGGGCACUUGGGCUGAAGAUGCUCAAGCGGUCGCCGUCGAGGAGGAUGGUGUCGGGCGCCGGAAAUGGUGGAUGGUCUAGUCCAUCCUCUCCGAAUGGAUCGAAUAGUAGUGGGUCCCCGGGGAUAUCGUUCACCGUGCCACCGUCGAGGCCGAGGCGGCCGAUGACGUCGGCCGAGAUCAUGAGGCAGCAGAUGAGGGUCACGGAAGGGAGUGAUAAUCGGCUCCGGAAGACGCUCAUGAGGACCCUUGUAGGCCAAAUGGGCAGGCGAGCAGAGACCAUAAUCCUUCCACUGGAGCUCCUUCGGCACCUAAAGCCCUCCGAAUUUAACGACCCCCACGAGUACCAUUUCUGGCAAAAGCGGCAACUCAAGAUCCUCGAAGCCGGCCUCCUUCUCCACCCUUCAAUCCCACUAGACAAGUCCAACACAUUCGCCAUGCGUCUUAGAGAUAUCAUAAGAUCGGUUGACACCAAAGCCAUAGACACUGGAAAGAACUCAGACACCAUGAGAACCCUUUGCAACUCUGUUGUCUCCUUAUCAUGGCGCAGCUCCAACGGAACUCCAACAGAUGUUUGUCAUUGGGCUGAUGGCUACCCCCUCAACAUCCACAUCUAUAUUUCUCUUCUCUAUUCAAUCUUCGAUAUCAGAGACGAGACAUUAGUACUCGAUGAAGUCGAUGAGCUCCUCGAGCUCAUGAAAAAGACAUGGUCGACAUUGGGGAUCACUAGGCCUAUACACAACGUGUGCUUUACAUGGGUUUUGUUUCAGCAAUAUGUCUCAACCGCGCAGAUUGAGCCUGACCUUUUGUGUGCUGCACAUGCCAUGUUGGCUGAAGUUGCGAACAAUGCCAAGAGGCCGGAUAGGGAGGCUUUGUAUGUGAAGAUCUUGUCUUCGGUGUUGUGCUCUAUGCAGGGGUGGGCAGAAAAGAAAUUGUUGAGCUACCAUGAUUAUUUCCAGAGGGGAACAGUUGGCCAAAUUGAGAACCUUCUCCCUUUGGCCUUGUCUUCUUCCAAGAUCUUGGGUGAAGAUGUUACAAUCACAGAAAGAGGAGGAGGAGUGAAAGGUGAUAUUAAGGUGGUGGACAACUCCGGUGAUCGUGUGGAUUACUACAUUCGAUCCUCCAUGAAAAACGCUUUUGAAAAGAUUAUGGAAGCUGGGAAUGUCACUGAAGUGGCAGAGGACGCCGUGACUGAAGCAUUGCUUAAACUGGCCAAAGAGACAGAGGAUUUAGCCUUGAAAGAGAGGGAGAGCUUCAGUCCCAUACUGAAGAGGUGGCACACAACUGCAGCUGGGGUCGCAGCCGUGACACUGCACAAUUGCUAUGGAGCUGUACUAAAGCAAUACUUAAAUGGGGUAUCCACACUUACAUCUGAGACAGUUGAGAUAUUGCAGAGGGCAGGAAAGCUAGAAAAGGUUCUGCUUCAAAUGGUGGUUGAGGACUCUGCUGAAUGUGAAGAUGGUGGCAAAGCAAUUGUGAGAGAGAUGGUUCCAUAUGAAGUGGAUUCAAUCAUUAUGAACCUCUUGAAAAGAUGGAUUAAUGAGAGAUUGAAAGCGGGGAAAGAGUGUGUUAAUAGAGCAAAAGAAAGCGAGACAUGGAAUCCGAAGUCCAAAUCGGAGCCAUAUGCACAAUCAGCUGAGGAGCUAAUGAAAUUGGCCAAGGAAACAGUGGAGGACUUCUUUGAAAUUCCAAUAGGAAUUACCGAAAAUAUAGUUCAUGAUCUUGCUAAUGGGUUGGAGCAUCUUUUCAAGGACUAUACUACAUUUGUUGCUUCAUGUGGUUCGAAACAAAGUUAUAUCCCCACGCUUCCUCCUCUAACAAGAUGUAACCGGGACUCGAAGUUCCUCAAACUGUGGAAAAAAGCUAGCCCAUGUAGUAUUGGAGCAGAAGAUUGUCACCCAAAUGGAAUAAAUGACGGUAACAAUCCUCGCCCAUCAACAAGCAGAGGAACGCAACGCCUCUACAUCCGCCUCAACACCUUGCACUAUCUUCUUUCCCACCUUCAUUCUCUUGACAAAAACCUCUCCCUCUCCCCUAAAAUCGUUCCUUCAACACCCCGUAGCCGUUGUUCCAACAGCCGCAGGAAUCACGGCAAUGCCUCUUCCUACUUUGAACUUGCCCACUUAGCCAUCCAAGCAGCAUGCCAACAUGUCUCAGAAGUAGCUGCCUACCGCUUGAUCUUCCUUGACUCAAACUCUGUCUUCUAUGAUAGCCUCUACCUUGGUGAUGUAGCCAAUGCACGAAUUAAACCUGCAUUGCGGAUUCUCAAGCAGAACCUGACUCUCUUGGGUGCAAUCCUCACCGACAGGGCUCAGGCCUUGGCGAUAAAAGAAGUAAUGAGGGCUUCUUUUGAAGCGUUCCUUAUGGUUUUGGUUGCUGGAGGAAGCUCCCGGGUGUUUUACCGAACUGACCAUGAGAUGAUUGAGGAAGACUUCGACAGCUUAAAACGGGUUUUUUGCACUUGUGGAGAAGGGUUGAUGGCCAAGGAUGUGGUGGAACACGAAGGGGAGACAACGGAAGGAGUGAUAGAAUUGAUGGGGCAAUGUACUGAACAACUAAUGGAAGAUUUCAGCAUUGUGACUUGCGAAACAAGUGGGAUUGGAGUUGCGGGUUCAGGGCAAAGGCUGCCCAUGCCUCCAACAACAGGAAGAUGGAACAGGUCAGAUCCAAACACAAUAUUGAGGGUUUUGUGUCACAGGAAUGACAAAGCAGCAAACCAAUUCUUAAAGAGGACAUUCCAGCUAGCAAAGAGGAGGUGAUGAGGAUGAAUUUUCAUGUACAUUUUGAAAUCAGUGUGUUUAUAUCCUUGGUGCAUUCUAGUACUAACUUCCAGCAGUGUGACCAAAAAGAAAAUUUGAGGGAAAUGUGAGGGGGCACAUUGUAUCCAAAUUUCCUGAACUUUUAAUGCUAAACCAAUAUAUUGCUGGGGAUAGAGAGAUGAUUGUACAAAUUCGUUAUCAUUAUUUGUAGGCAUUGGGCAAAUGGAGUUUGUGAAGGUCAUUUUUCUUAUCCUUCAUCCAAGUUUACAAAACAAAUUGAACUCUGAA